AUGGAGCCGUCUAUAAUGGACACAGCCGGCUGGACCGGGCCCGAGGACCCUGAGAACCCCGUGAACUGGUCCCCCUGGCGCAAGUGGACCAUCGUGGCAACAAACUCGCUCGCCACCUUCAUGGUCUCCUUCGGCAGCAGCGUCUUCUCGGGAGCCCUGCCCGACGUCCAGCGCAUCUUUGGCGUCUCGAACGACGUCGCCCUCUUGGGCAUCGCUCUGUACGUGCUGGGCUUCGCCCUCGGCCCCAUGGUCUGGGGCCCGGCCUCGGAGCUGUACGGCAAGACACGGCCCAUGUUUGCUGGUCUUUUCCUGUUCGCCCUGUUCCAGAUCCCCUGCGCCGCGGCCGACUCGCUGGGCGUCAUACUCGCUUUCCGGUUCCUCGGCGCGCUGGCGGGCUCGUCGGUGCUGGCCAUUGUGGGCGGCAUGUUUGUGGACUUCCUCACCGGUCCGGCUGAGAGGGGCGUAUCGACGGCUCUCUUCAGUCUGGCUACCUUUUGCGGACCAGCCGCCGGCCCCAUCGCCGGUAAUGCCCUGGCCCGCUAUGUCGGUUGGAGGUGGACUUCGUGGGUCACCUUGAUCGGUGUUGCUGUAUUUGGGACGGCCGCGUUCCUCGCGACGCCCGAGACGUCUGGGCCGGUUAUACUCCGUCGUAGGGCUGCGAGUAUGGGGCUGAGCGACGAGAAGACUGGCCAAGCAAGGCCGACCGCUUCUGUGUUUGUCCAGAAAUACUUGACCAAACCUCCGAAGAUGCUUGUACUCGAGCCGAUCCUGCUCAUCUUUACCAUCUACAUGAGUCUUGUAUACGGCGUCAUCUAUCUGACCUUUUCUAUGUACCCGCUCGCUUUUGUCGUCGAGCGGAAUUUCAGCCAGGUCGACGGCAGCCUACCAUUUAUCAGCAUCUUUAUAGGUGUUGUCGUCGCGUGCGUCGCGCUGGCGGUUCAUAGCAUAUACUACCUGGGGCCCAUGGCUAAGCAAACAAAAAUUCACGUCCCCGAAAGGCGCCUACCACCAAUGAUAGCGGGCUCCUUCAUCCUGCCUGCCGCAAACACAGGCAUCUUCUGGUUUGCAUGGACCUCGAACCCUUCCCUGCCCUGGCUGCCCCAGGCCUUCUCGGGCAUAUUGAUAGGCUGCGGAUCCAUCCUCGUCUUCAUGUCAGGCGUGGUGUACCUAAUUGAGGUAUACCUAAUCCACGCCAAUAGCGCCCUGGCCAUCAACAACCUUAUCCGGUCCGUUUUCGCCGCCGCCUUUCCCUACGCCGCGGGGAGGCUCUUUGCAAAGCUGGGAUUGACAGUCGGCGGCUCCGUUGUGGGCGGAAUAUGCGCCGUGCUAAUCCCUUUUCCCUAUAUGUUAUGGAGAUGGGGGACUAGGAUUCGGAGCUGGUCGAGAGAACAAAGGGAAUUGGUCAGUCGGUCGGGCUUUAUUCAGAAUCAACUGGACUCAUGGGGCCGUGGGAUCCUUUGGACUUCGAUGCGCGAUUCUUCUUUGUACCAAAAGCUGCACGGUUAA